AUGCGGAGAUCGUGCAUGCUCAAAGGCACGAACUCAAAAUCUCGAGAACGAUGGCCGGACUCUAGACCGGCGCCUUGCCGUGUUCUCCCGGAGAGCUACGCUCACCCCGUCCACCGCCAACACCGUGAAAGGCGGCAAAAGAUAUUACACUUAGCCCUAGAUAUCGCCAAACGGUGGUACGGCAGGAGCACUGGUCGGGGCCUCGCUCACUACAAAUCUGGCAUCCCGACACUAGAAUCCGAGGGUAAUCUAGUUCGAGCUGCUUAUGACACGGAUGCAAAGGUCAUGAGAUCUUCUAAGGCAUACCAAAACAAAACUUCUGGUCUGGAGGCGCGGUUCGCCAACGAAGCUGCCUUUGCGUCCCGGGGCACAGAUGAGGGGUUGCAGGAAAACACUAGUUAA